ACCAAGAGCCUAUGUUUGUUUACAUGUAGCCUUGUUAGCAUUAGCUUCUGCCGGGCGAAAAGGUGCUGCUAACUUCGCUAUAAUUGUGACCGUAUUUAUUAUAUUCAUCCUGUUAUUAGCUAAUAUUUAAGCACAAUUAUUGUGACUUCAUUGGCACUUAUUGAAUAUUAAGGGAGGUUAAACAAAGUUAGUCCUCGCUGUUGGCCUACUAAUGUGUCAAACGCACGUUUUAGCUGACAGAACACCUUGUAAGUGAAUUAAGGUUGCGAUGACAAAACAAAAGAAGUGUUUUAUGACAAGUCGGCAUCUAAAAUGAGUACAUUUGAUGGUACAGAAGAUAGCAGCACUAAUGUGCUGUAAACGUCAAAGACUAUGAGGAAAUCACACAAGAAAACUAACAGAGCAGAGGGGGAUGCAGGUCCGGCCAAUAGGAGCCAGCCCUCCGGGUCACAUGACCAACCAGGAAGUGAGAUUAAUGCCGCAGAUGGAGUUCCUCCCUUUGACCAGCAGAGGGCAGCAGAGCUCGGUGACGCCAACAGGACUGCUGAGCUCCACAGUGCGGGCUCACUCAAGGUCACCAUCCAGCGGAGCAGCGACAGUCGCGAGUUCCCACAAAAGGGCGAGACGGACGACAGACUUCACUGUCACGUGUGCGGUGUCACCUGUCCCUCCUGGCAGGUGUUUGAGGAGCACAUGGCCGGAUCAGAUCACAUGACCAAAGUGAAGGAGAUCACACGCUCCAUCACGCUCAUGAGCAGGAGGGGUCGCUGGUGUGACACGUGUCAGACGCACUACAGCGGUGACAUCAUCCUCCACCGCCGCUCCAAGCAACACAAAGUGUGUAAGCGGGAGUCGCGGCCCUUCUGUGCGGCGUGCAGGCGUCACUUCAAGUCUCCCAGGAAGUUGGUGGAGCACAUGAAAUGUGCGGAGCACAAGCGACAGGUGCAGGAGACCCAGGAGGAGGAGGAGGAGGAGCUUAUCACCGUGGACGCCAUUGGCUGCUUCGAGGAGGAAGUGAAGCAGGAAGUAGCCCGCCCGGACAGGAAGUCACUUCAAUCCGCCCAUUUUUUCCCGCUGAUCCGGGUCGCGGGUUUGGUGGAGAAGCCCAGACUUCCUGCUGAGGCUGAGGCGCACCCGGUCCAGCUGUGAGACCUGGUCCCUCCGCACGCAUGUCCCAGGUCUACCGACAAGGGCCUACCAGGUGCCACCUGGCGUCCGGACUAGAGCAGUAGAGACUAAUCAGAGAACCGAAAGCAGGGUUUACAGCUACGUGGUCUGGGGUCAUGUAGGCACAGACGCGGGGCCAAGUCUGUGGGCGGGGCUUGCAGGCGAGUGGUAAAAACUUUGUAUUCAUUUUAACGCUGAAUUGACUCAGAAUGUUAAGAAAAGUAUUUUCAAACAGUUUUGAGGCCCCCUCAUACAUCAGAUGUGAAGAAUUAUUGCAAGAUGACUUUGAAUCCUCUCUGAAGGGAGUCGUCAUCCAAUAGAAUCAUGAGUUUCACUGACACACCACAUGUGUGGAUUCAUGCUCAGCACACACAGGAAUCAAACUCAAGGACCUUUCUGACGGAAUUCUAUAACAAGCGAUUCCAAGCAUGAAUGAAACAGCAUGGGGUUAUUAUACCUUCUUCAGCAGAGAGUGACAAUCAAGCUUGUGUUGUUGAGAGGUUUAACAGGACACUGAAAACUCAAAUGUGGUGAUAUCUUACAGCUAACAAUUCUCCACGGUAUGUAGAUCGCCUCCAAGAUCUUGUCUUACCGCACAAUAGAUCACACCACAGUAGCAUCAAAAUGCCACCUGUAGAUGUCAAUCAAAAACAAGUAUUUGCAAACUUGUCAAUCAAUCAAUCAAUGUUUAUUUAUAUAGCCCUAAAUCACAAGUGUCUCAAAGGGCUGCACAAGCCACAACGACAUCCUCGGUACAGAGCCCACAUAAGGGCAAGGAAAAACUCACCCCAGUGGGACGUCGAUGUGAAUGACUAUGAGAAACCUUGGAGAGGACCGCAUAUGUGGGUAACCCCCCCCCCCCUCUAGGGGAGACCGAAAGCAAUGGAUGUCGAGUGGGUCUAACAUAAUAUUGUGAGAGUCCAGUCCAUAGUGGAUCCAACAUAAUAGUAAGAGUCCAGUCCAUAGUGGAUCUAACAUAAUAGUGAGAGUCCAGUCCAUAGUGGGUCUGACAUAAUAUUGUGAGAGUCCAGUCCAUAGUGGAUCCAACAUAAUAGUAAGAGUCCAGUCCAUAGUGGAUCUAACAUAAUAGUGAGAGUCCAGUCCAUAGUGGAUCCAACAUAAUAGUAAGAGUCCAGUCCAUAGUGGGUCUGACAUAAUAUUGUGAGAGUCCAGUCCAUAGUGGAUCCAACAUAAUAGUAAGAGUCCAGUCCAUAGUGGAUCUAACAUAAUAGUGAGAGUCCAGUCCAUAGUGGGUCUGACAUAAUAUUGUGAGAGUCCAGUCCAUAGUGGAUCCAACAUAAUAGUAAGAGUCCAGUCCAUAGUGGAUCCAACAUAAUAGUAAGAGUCCAGUCCAUAGUGGAUCCAACAUAAUAGUAAGAGUCCAGUCCAUAGUGGAUCCAACAUAAUAGUAAGAGUCCAGUCCAUAGUGGGGCCAGCAGGACACCAUCCCGAGCGGA